CCCUUCUCUCCAGUGUACGUCCUCCUCCUCCUCCCCUCUCAGACCCUGGCCCUGUGGGCCUGCACUCGCUCCUGCCCUCCCAGUUGCACGUGUACUCAGGAGAAGAGCUGCAGUGUCCUGUGUGACCACGUCAACAUGAUGGACCUGCCCAAAGAGUUCCCAUGCGAGGCGUCCUCCAUCAACCUGGACAAGAACAGCCUAAAGUUUCUGUCCGAGCGAGCCUUUGGCACCCUGCCUUCGCUCAAGACACUCUCUCUCGACCACAACAACAUCUCCUUCAUUACGCCAGGAGCAUUUAAAGGGCUGCCCAACCUGGUAGAGCUGAGGCUGGCCCACAACGAGUAUAUCCGAUACCUGCACACUCGCACCUUCACGGCACUCAAACGAUUGGUGCGCUUGGACGUUUCCGACUGUAACCUGUUCAACAUGCCAGACCGGAUCUUCUUGGAGCAAAUCUCCCUGAAGGAACUGCUGUGUUUCCAAAACAACUUUCGACGCAUUCCCGGUGCCAUACGGGGGAUGGAAAACCUCACACACGUUUACUUGGAGCGCAACAAGAUUGAAGCGGUGGCCUACAACUCUUUGUUGGGCCUAACCAACCUCAAGUACCUCAACUUACAGGAGAAUCGCAUAAACGUGAUACAUGACGAGGCUUUCAAAGAUUUAGUGCAUCUGGAGAACUUCUACCUGAAUGAUAAUCUGUUGGUUGACUUGCCCCAGCAGGUUUUCAAGGGCCUAAGCAACUUGAAAAUGUUGAAUCUGGGUGGGAACCUGAUGACCAAUAUCUCCAAAUCAUGGUUCAGUGACCUGGUGGAGCUGGAGGUGCUGUACCUGGAUCGAAACCGCCUGUCCUAUAUCGAGGAGGGCGCCUUUGAGAACCUGACGAGCCUCAUCACGCUGCACCUCAACAGCAACAAUCUGACGUCUCUGCCCUUCUCCGUCUUCCAGCCCAUCUAUUUCAUCGGCCGUCUGUAUCUCUUUCGAAACCCCUGGGAGUGUACCUGCGACCUGGAGUGGUUGAAGGAGUGGAUGGAGAGCUAUAAGUUGGUGAGGGACAUCCCAUGCGCAUCCCCGUCCUCAGUGGCCGGCUUGGACCUGAGCGAAGUUGUCUACGCCCAUCUGAACGGCACCUGUCUGGAUCCUCCAGAGCUCAACCUGACCACAUCUCUUCCUGACUACCCUACCAUGGAGAACAAGUUCAACAGCCUAAUCUCCAAACUGCUACUGCAGGAACAGAUGGACGAGAUGGUUAACACCACGGACGGUCUGAGGAACGGCACCCAACAGGACCCCGCCGAGAGUCAGGUUUCUUCUGGACAUGGACUGUUCGGUGCUGCUCAGACUGUGUUUCUUCUUGUGUUUCUUUUUCAAGCCCAGAUUGACUGCAUUAAUGCGUCUUGAGAGUCUAGUGAAUACUAAAAGGGGUUGAAGCACAUUCAAGAGUGGAAAUAAUUUCCCAGUAGUUGGAUGGGAAACGUUUGGAUGAAAUGUUUGAUCCAUCUUGCCAUGAGCAGUGCGUUUUCUCAUGUUGAAAAUGAAAUUCUGGCAGAUAUAAUGGAGUUGGAGAUGAUCGUCUCUUUAAAUGAGUGGAAACUGGUCUUGAAGGGAAAGGAGUAUGUUUUAAGCCAAUGAGACUCUAAAAGACUUUGUGUCAAUAUGAAAGGCUUUAUUUAAGUAUAACUGAGGGCCAUUUUGUGAGACCUGCAACUAGUGGCACAAAUGUUUUUACACCAUUUUUUUUUUAUUUAGAUUUGAUUUUAAAAAAUCUUGAUAACGCAUCUUUAGUAUUAAUACGUUUGUACAUGUUCUGUUGCGUAACUUUGAAACAUUUGUUGUGUAGGAGAUUUAUCUGAUAAAGCUUCUCACUAUCAUUUCAGCAGAUGGCAUAACACACUGUCUAUUGUUUGGUUCAUUGAACUGAAGUUUCCAGUUCUGGAAAAUGCAUUAGUCUUCCUAUUCCAUAAAGCUUAAGUGCACUCUGUAACAUAAGCUGCUUCAUAUUGUAACCAAAUGAAUUGGCUUUAUCACCAUAUACUUUGACCAUAUAUUUUCUCUAUACAGAAAGCAAUGUGCAUAGAAGGAUGAUGUCAUGCUCCGAGCUAUGAGCUUCUGAGCUAUGCAUUAGAUUUGUGUAAGAACCCUUUUAAUUGUUUUAAUACAGAUUUUUGUUCAUUUGUGAUUAAUACUUUGAAUAAACAAAGGUCAUUGCAUAAAUAAUCACUAAAAUGACUCCCAUCCAGGUGCAAGAUAUUUGAAUGUCUAAAUCACUGGUGCAUGUCCAGCGUUAACUGCAUGUAGUUGCAUUUGUUAAAUAUUACAGUGCAAGUCUGGCCGCCUUAGGGCCUUUCACACUAAAAUUAAUAUGUCAGGUAAAACUUGUCUCAGAAAAUGCAUUCAUAAAAUGAAAAGUAUGAGAAAUUAUUCUCGUGGUACUACAGCAGUCAACAACCGUGCCCGGCUACUUUCACCUGUUUUAGAGAUACAUGGUCUUUUUCCGGUUUGAAAGUAUAAUUUUAUCUGUUUGUGGUGAGACUAUAUUUGACUAACUUAGUAAUUUUUUUUCUGCUAAAACUGACCAAAUACACUUGAGAAAUACAUUGUUAGAUAUUUUUUAGUUCACCAUUUCUGCCUUUUUUUUUUACUGAAAACAAUUCAUCCAUUUAAAAUCUGGCUCUGGUUUCUUAAAUAUUUUAAACCAAACUGGAGGAAAAAAAAAAACAUAUCAACAUUUGUGUAAGGUUAUGUAUGACAGCUAAAUUGAGACUCGUAUCUCUUUCUCUAUGGCACAUAUCAGUGCAUCGUUCAGGGUUCAGCAGGUGAAAAGUGUGGCUCUAUCAUUCAUUCAUGUGUGUAUAUUUCAUCAUUUGGGAGUCCAGCAUUUCAAACUUAUGUUCUUGAUUAUGGCAGAAACUGAUGUGAGGAAACUCGUUCUAGGAGGAAAGCAGUUUGUGAGUGAGCAGGAGAAAGUUCAAGAUAUUAUACCCCAAACCCAGCUGGAGGAAGAUGCCUUCAGUUGCGCAUCCUGGGAUUAGAAUGUAAAUAAAUCCUGCUUCUUUAUAUAACAACAGUUUGUAUGUAGGUUGUAUUCACCUCUAUAACGGUACCAAAAUACACUACCGUUCAAAAGUGUGGAGUCAGAGAGAUUUUAAAAAGAAAUUAAUGCUUUUAUUCAGCAAGGAUGCAUUAAAUUGAUCAAGUAACAACAUUUGUCACAAAAUAAUUUUUCUUUUAAAUAAAUGCUGUUCUUUUGAACUUUCUAUUCAUCAAAGAAUACUGAAAAAUCACUGUUUCCAAUGUUUUUGAUUACAUUGAUAAUAUGAAUGAUUUCUGAAGGGUUAUGUGACACUGAAGACUGGAGUAAUGAAUGCUGAAAAUCCAGCUUUGCAUCACAGAAAUAAAUAAAACUGUAUUUUUGAUCAAAUAAACCAGGCUUGAUGAGCAUAAGAGACUUCUUUGAGAACAUUAAAAAUCUUAACCCAAAACAUUGGAACGGUAGUGUAUAUUAAGACUGAAAAUUCAUGCCUGAACUCAGUUUCUAUUAUAUGGUUUCUAUUAUAGACAGAAAUAUGUUAGACAUACAGUGCCAUUCGUCAAGCAAACGCACACUCUGCGUCGCUCUCAGACAUAACUGGGCAUUGAUCCUGACUGCAGUCACACAGAGUCAAGCGGGCAGGGCGUGACCUACCACAGCUGCUGGGGAAAAUCUGGAAAAACAAAACGGUAAAAGAGGAACGAAAAGUUUCCGUUGGCCCCGUCUCUGCCAACUCACACAGAGAGGCUGAGCAAAAAUCUGGAUGAGACAACACAGAGCAGAGGACACAGAAGAUCUUCACCACAUUAAAGGAAAUAUAUUUUUUAAAAAAAACAAACAAACAAAAAAAACACGCUCAUACCGAAGAGCUGCUCCGUCAUCGGCAGAGCCAUGUACACAGGGCAGUUUGAGUAAACAGUUUGUCAUGUACAGAACCAUUCACAUGAACAGACAGCGUCUUUGCUUUGCAUGGACGCACCUCUUCCUCAGACAACUGCACAGAAUAAAAAUGGGAUUUCUGAGUCAACAUUAAUAUUAUCAAACGACACAUUUCUGAAAUGCCGGAACAGUUUUGUGCGCUCAGUUUCAUCCCAAACCCCUCAAUCUUGCAGCAAAGAAAAAUUAAGACAAUUUACAAACACAUUUUACUACAUGAUUGGUAAAAAUAAACUUUACAAAGUUGCCAAAAUGCAAGGGAUGUGCAUAGGUCUUUUUUUCCCUCCUCGUCACCGGCUCCACCUGUUUGAAUGUGUUUGUUCAGACGAAUGGAAUGUUUUCUGCUGUGGGUGACGGUCUGAACACAGCUAACACUGACAGCAUGGACGCUCGUGAAUGUUCACAUGCAUGAGAUCUCAUUCAAAUCUCUAAAACAUUUAUGCAGGUCUUUAGAGAGACAGUAUCCACGUGUAGAGGAGGGUGGACUGGGGAAAAACAAACCAAAAAAAAAAAAAAAAAGGCAAAGGUUUGGUUUUAAAUGAAAGCCAAAUCGGUGGGUUGUGCGCUAAAGCAGCUAGGGUCUGCCGCAUGGAUAAUGUGGGGAUUAUGUAUGAUGGCUGAGUUAAUGGACGGGCUGGACAGAUGAAAGCUAUGAGGAUUCUGUUGUAGUAAUUCUGCAUUUUUGCUCUGGUACUAACAGAAAAAUGGGCAGGAAAACUAUUCCUUUCAGGAAAAUGCAUCAUGUAGGAUACUGUCUCUUUAAAUCAAACGUCUACAAAAUGUUGCCUUCUAGCUAUAUAGACAUGACAAUAUUUAGUAAUUUAUUUUUUUAUUUUUUCAUUAAUACAACACUACGUCUAGGUAGUCUGUGAGGGGCCAAGACUGGGCUCACUGCAGGUACACUGAUGUUUUUGAACAUCAGAGGUGAGCUUCUGUUUGCAUCAUGGGAAAGUUCUGAAGUUUUUUUUUUUUCUUGCAGAGAUUCACUGCAA